GAAUUAUUUUUUAGAGCUACAAAUAUUUUAGAAAGAGAAAGGGGAAUUUUAAAAAUUAGCCAAACAAAAUACGUUAAAGCAAUUUUAAAACUUCUCAAUAUGGAUUAAUGUAAGAUAAGCAAUAUUCCAAUUGAUCCUAAACUGAAACUUGAUAUUUGUCAUGAUGAGGAAAAUUCAACUGAAAAACCAUACAGAGAGAUGAUAGGAUGUUCAAUCAUGUCAAGUCAAUCUGCACGUGUUUGUUUCGUGCUCCCGUUUUUGAGUCUUUUUCACCACCGAGUCUAUUAUAUGGUUGAUGUGUGUAGUAUCAUUUUAUUCAGUAAUUUUUCCUUUGUAAUUUUGUGAAUAAAUCAGUGUCUGUGGUCAGUUGUAUCAUCGGUAACUGCGUAAAAUCCUAUACCGUUUCGGUCGGAUCGUCGAAUCAAUUGCAAACAUUUUUUUUUUCUUUUUCGGUUUAUUGUACUUUUUUUUGGGGAAUCUCGGCGACAGUGAUACCGGUAAAAAAUAAAUAAACAAUAAAUAGUUCUCACAAACGGUUGUGUUAGUCAUUUUUGUUGUACUAAUCUUGUACAAUUGUGAGCAACUAUGUUUCAACGUUUUCAACUAUGUUUCAAAUUAUUUAUGGAUACCUACCUAUAUAGUGCUUUUGUGUCCAUAUAUAUAUAGUUAUUUAUUUUUUUCUUAAUAUGGCUACAAAUUUCAAAUGUUGUAAGGGAAAGGAACACAGUAAUUGGUUUUGUUUAUCUUGUAAAAACAUAUUUCAUCGUAGUUGUUGGGAAAGACGGUCAAACUAUGAGACUGUGACUGGAAAUUUUAUUCUUUGCUCUAAACUAUGUGUGGACAGAGCUGCUGGGGAUGAGUCCAUCUUAGAUCCCACCGUAUAUGACGAGUUUAAGUCUUUGUUGAGAAGCCUGGAGAUUGAUAGCAGAAAUAAAGAUGUCCACAUAGAAAAAUUGAAAAGAAAUUCAGUUUCAUUCUACGAUGACGCAGAGCAGGCGGAACAGAGCUAUUUAAAACAAAUAAAAGAUCUCUGCAUGGAAAAUAAACAACUAAAAAAAAACCUGAAACUCUUACAACAGCAGAUUUUGGAGGGAUCGACUUGCAAGUCAGGAGAAAAGGAGUCCACACCUGUGUCGUGUAAAGAAGGCCAAACUUUCUAUACAACUACGAAGGACUCUAAUGUGCAGACUGACAUGAAUACCGCUUCGAUUGACGAGGAAAAUCCAUACAUUUCAGGCUUAAAAACUGAAAUCUCAGUACUCAGGAAUGAACUGAAUCUUUUAAAAAUGAACCCUAGUACCGACAGCUUACAGCUGCAAAUUGAAGAACUCUCCAAAAACCACACAAACUCUGACAAGCUUUUGGAUGAGCUCAAGGAAGAGCUCUACGCUAAAAAAGAAGAUGUUAUGGAUCUGGAGCUUGAGGUUACUAGGAUGUUACAAAUAAAUAUUAAUCUUACGGAGGACCUGGGAAAAUAUCAACGAGAAAUAGAAUGUCUCAGCUCGCAAUUACUCCAGCUCAAGGAUCAAAAACUCAAUGGUCAAUCAUCUGUAAUUACUGGUAAGAUAAAUGCAAACCCCAACAGAAUUGAUGUUCGUGAGAACAGCGAGGAUAGCAAUGUUAAUGAUGGUGAAUUUGGUAAAGGUAACGGCAACGGCAGCAAAUUCACCAGUAAUGCUAGUGAAAACAAUAAUAAAGUUUUGUUACUUACGGAUGGUUAUGGUAAAUACUUAUAUAAUAGUCUGGCCCAAAAGUUGUUCAGUGGCUUUGAACUGUCAGUCUUGUGCAAGCCUGAUGCCAAUUUGGACAAUAUCAUCGAUGGAAUUGAGCCAUUUAUAUCAGACUUUAGUGUCUCUGAUUUUGUUGUUUUAUUUGUUGGCCCGCAUUGUGGCAGUGUGACAGAGAAAAACAUUUUUACUUUAGCCAAUAAAUGUUUUCAUUCAAACUUAAUUAUCUGUACUACUCCCACUAAACCUGGCUUCAAUUAUUUUCAAAACCAAACUUUAAUUCGGGUAACAAAAAACCUUUCACGCUUUAAUAAUAAUAUUAAACUCCUCUCCUUUAAUAAUAAUUCUUGCAGAAUGUCAGAAAAGCAUUUUGGCUUGAGAUCUCAAUUUUUGAACAAGCUUGGCUUGAAUGUGGUUUCUAAUUGUAUUUUAAAUUUAGUGUCUAACUUUUUUACAUAUCAUAACAUGGAAUCAAAUUUAGUUCAUUUAGUUAUUAGUGGAUUUAAUUCCAACUUGGUUAAUUUUAAUGAAGGCCCAGAUAAUUUAGCUAUUAAUAACAGUUCAGUUGUGUAUCAGGCAACUACAUCAGAUGAGAUAUUUGUGUCUUCACAAUCUUUUUUAAUGGGAGCCGACAUGACAGCACUGUUGGCUUAGUAGAUUCUAGUGACAGGGACUCCUUCAGUGACAGGAAAGUAGGGAAGGGGUGGUCUGGUCAGGAAACAUCUUUUUUUGUUUUUAACUGCCAGGGAUUUUUAAAUAAGGCAGGCGAGCUUUUCGUACUUCUUGAUGCUCUUGGGUUUCCAGAUGUGCUUUAUUUGAGUGAGCAUUGGUUGUCUGGGGAUCAGGUGUGUUUUGUCGAAGGUUACAUUGUGGCAUCAAUUUACUGCCGCAAAAAUUUCCGCAGGGGAGGUACGGCAAUUCUUAUAAAAUCUGAGCUUUGUGAGAGACGCAGAUUCUGCUCAAUUGAUAGAUUCAAUUAUUUGAUUGAGGAGAGGUUGUUUGAGUUUUCGUUGGUGGCGGAUUCAGCUGAUAGCACUUACUUUGUUUCAGUUUACACUUCACCCUCCCAAAGUUCCAAGAGCUUUCUAAAUAAGCUAGAACUUUUGUUGUGCUCGCUUCCUUCUUCAGCCAAGAUAGUGUUGGGUGGGGAUCUAAAUAUUGAUUUUAUGACGGAAUAUAGGGAUGCCACCGACCUCAAAAAUUUGCUUGCUAGUUUUAAUAUCAAAAGACAUAAUACGGAGUACACCAGGGUAACACCUACCUCAAAAUCAGGGCUAGAUUACGCAUGCACAAAUUUGGAGGGUACGGUGACCUCCAUAACCCUUGAUCCAGGAAUGGGAGAUCAUAAGGCGAUUUUCAUAUCGGCUCUUCUUUUUGGUACAGAAAAGGUUUGUUUGCACAAAAUGGGCAGAAUCUAUAGUCAAAGAAAUUUCCAAACUUUUCAUAAUGAAUGCUUAUUGUAUUGUUGGAACAAUGUUUUUGCUUGCCAGGAUCCCUUUAGUCAGUUUUAC